UUCAUUGUACUACAAUGAUUGAAGAUGAAUAGAUUGAAAUUUUUCCUGCAAAAAAAAAUGGUUGGGUAGCAACGAUUAAAGAGAAAAUUUCCCACACGUUGCAAAUGAAUGUAGGGAUAGGGUUGCUACGUGUUUUAUCUUCAAUGGUCUGCACAUAGUUCGUGUUGCACUUGCGCAUUUUGCAACAACGGGCAUGUUGCAGGGCACGUUGCACGCCGACGUCUGAUCGGUUGAAUAGAAAUAUCAAGUUGCAGAUUUCAGUAGUGGUCUAUAUAAUUUUACUUUUUGCUAUUCAGGAGUAGUAGGUUCGGAAAAGAAUCUUUCGCUUGUGUCCGUGUGCGUGUCUUCUUACUUGCCAGAGUUCGCAUCGGAGUAGGAGUGAUCGUUUGGUACACGAAAUAUGUGCGCGUGAGUUGUCCCUGCGAGUCCAGGUGCCCAACCAUCAACCGAGCUCUCGUGUGCCCCCAUGGCAGCAACAGCGUCGACGUCCACGGCCGUCCACGUCCUGGAACCCAACCACGAACCCGGCACCGGAUCCUCGGCCGAGGCGUGGAGGCCGCUGUCGUGUGCUGGCGGCGGCGAGGAGAACGUGCUCGACCUGGACUCCCCGUGGGCGGCGGUGGCCGAGGCGGGAUCGAGGUUGGAGGAGGCGACGGCGGCGGGAGCUGGCCUUCGCGCCGAGGAGGAGGCGGGGCAGGAUGAGAUACGAGACAACCUGCAGCGACAGGAGGACGAGGUCGAGUGCACUAAUCUACUCACUAUGUUGGAAUUUGGUACUACUGACUAUGUUGGAAUUUGGUAGUACUACUUAUUAAGUGGUUCAGAGGGAUUUUUCUCCUCAGUUUUAGACAGUUGCUGGGAGGACUAUACGUACACUGUGUUUGUUUUCUCACAUGAUACCUCGCUGCAGCUGAUGGCAUUGGAAGCAAUA